AAAAGACCAAAAAAAAAAAAAAAAAGAAAAAAGAACCCCCCCCAAAAAAAAACCCCUCAAACCCCAGCAAAAAACAAAUAAACGGACUUUAGGGGCCGAAUAAGCUUUGCAAUCCACUAUAAUACUUGUUUUCCACUUUUUUUUUUUUUUAAACCUAGAGCAGCUCUAUGAACCACAGAAUGGUAGAGCCAGAAAAAUUCUUAGAAAAUAUCUCUGUUGUCCAGUGUAGUAGUCACUAGCCAUAUGUGGCUAUGUAAAUUUAAGUCUAAAUUAAUUAUCAAUAAAUAAUUUGAAAGUUAAAAACACAGGUCCUCAGUUGCAGUCACUACACUUUACUGUAGCCACAUGUGGAUAGUGGUGACCAUACCUGACUGUGCAAAUACAGAACAUUUCCAUCGUAGCAGAAUGUUCUGUUAGAUAACACUGCAAGACCAAUUUUCUCAUUAUAUAUAUGAAAGUAUUGAAGUCUGGAGAGGUAAGAUUAUACCAAAGUCACACAACUAGUUAAGGACAAAAUUAGACAAUAGUCUAGAUAUCUUGAUUUCUAUGCCAUGGUAUUUUCUGUUUGGUCACAAAGACACCUGCAGAUCCACAGGACUUCCUCUCUGGUGAUUAAUUUGUGGGAGAUACGGCAUAUCUAUCCAUUAUGGGACAAAUUAUGGGGACAUACUUUUGGUGACUCCACAUUACCCACACUCUGAUACCAUGUCCUUGAGUUUGAAGAAAUACUGUGUCUAUUUUACUAAUUGGAUACUAUUUCCAUUCUAGAAUCUUUUCUUCUAAGAAUCAGUGGGGCAUACAGUCACUCACAUAUAAAGUGUGGCAAAUUGUAAUUAGUUAAUAAUCACCAAUAUUUACUGAGCAUUUAUUAUGCACCAGUCAUUCCCUCUAAAUGCUUCACAUUCAAUUGAGGAAUAUGAAUGAGAAUUAUGUGGUAUGCCCAAGGUCAUAGGUAGCAAUUGUUAGGCUUGAGAUGUGAGCCCCAGGCAGUCUUCCCUAGAGCUCCUGCCCUCACCCACUGCACUUAUGGAGCAGCUGCCCUGUAUAGCACAUUGUCUAAAGCCUUGGUGAAAGCUGAGCAUGCUGACAAUGUCCUAGCUGUCCAGAAAUCAGUAAUCCAAUUGAUUAUUGGGAGUGGAGGAAGAGAAUAGCACAUCCAUGAACAUGAUUUAUGUAUACUUUUUAGUAUUUAUAGCCACAGAAAUACUCAGGAAUUUGGCUUUUUUGCAUUUUUAAAUUCACUCCCUUUCUUUUCUUCCUUUUUGUGGAAAAAACAAAACCCCCCAAAGCAGAUAUCCUCAGUAAUAAAUGCCCUUCAAACAGUUGAUGAUUGUUCCCAGGCAGUGCACCUUUCCUGGAUCUUCUUUUAGGGACUCUGAACGUGCUCUUGAGAACCCGUCUUGUACAGACUGGCCAGGGCUGUAGGUGAAUAAGGGAAGGGAGUGGAGAGAUCAUUAAUGCUUUGAUUAUAGUUUAAGCACCCCACGAGGGGUUUCUUAGGAAGGCCCUUGAGUUAGGUAUGUUUAUGACAAGAAGGAUCUUUUUACAGAUUCACUAAACACAAAUAGAGGAUUUUUUUUUUUUAAAGAGUAAUUGGAUUUAGCAGGUGAUUUCACAGUUUGGAGCAACUGUUUUCAUUUUCUAAAAUAUAUCUCUGCCCACACUUGCUAGCGAAGCCACAUUGGCACCCAGUUAGCAACAGCAGUGUUUAAACAUGCUGUGGCUGGCACCACUGAAACAACAACAGAAAGGGCUUUAGCCUCUCAAAUCCUCCUGACUGUGCUGUGCAAGGGUGCUUCCAAGAUUUUAAAUAGAUGAACGAAUAACAUACCAAGUUGCAAUUACCACUGUGAAUUGGUCCAAUAAUAUGAUGCUAUUAUCAUCAAGUUACUAGUAGAAUAUGACUUCGAUUAUUCACAGUCCAUCUGCUUUGAAAUUUGUAUUUAGAUUGUUUGUGCUGAUGUCUUCUGCAUUUGACAAAGCUUCAGUCAAGGUUACUAAUAAUUCUCAGAAGGUAUUCUGGGUCAUGGGUGAGUGGAACAGAGCUUAUGAAGAAGAUGCUUCCUUUGACCUGUGGCUCCAGGGAAUAUCACAAGAUUAAAUUGAUUGUUUGACGAUCAAACUUUAGGUCACUGAGCUGAGAUAGGAGUGCCCUUGCCAAGGGAGGAGCCACAUAUUCAAGCCUGCGUCCAGGAUCAAGAAGAGAAGGAGACCUAGAUGCUUUUUGCCAUUCUGACGCUGAAUGAUGAGACAGGCAACCAUGGAUUUCAGCACUCCAUCUGUGUUUGAUCAGCAAAAAGGUGAUUCAUCUGAAGAAGUUGACCUCACCAUGGUUUAUCAGGCAGCAUCUAACGGAGAUGUCAAUGCUCUCACUGCCGUGAUUCGGGAAGACCCGUCCAUCCUAGAAUGCUGUGACAGUGAAGGAUGUACACCCUUAAUGCAUGCGGUUUCUGGACGUCAAGUGGACACAGUGAAGCUGCUGUUGAAGAUGGGAGCCAACAUUAACAUGCAGGACACUUACGGCCGCACAAGUCUAUGCCUGGCAACCUAUCUGGGUUGGCUGGAAGGCUGUGUGAGUCUACUCAGAAAUGGUGCCAAGCACAAUAUCCCAGAUAAAAAUGGCCGUCUGCCCCUGCAUGCUGCCACUGCUGAGCCCGAUGUGAGGCUCCUAACAGUCUUGGUACAACAGUCAAAUCUCAGUGAGAUUAAUCACCAGGACAAUGAGGGAAUGACACCACUCCACUGGGCAGCUUUCCACAACCGGCCUCAACAUACCCAAAUGCUGCUGAAGAAGGGGGCAGACCCCACCCUUGUGGAUAAAGACUUUAAGACAGCUCUCCACUGGGCAGUCCAGAGUGGAAAUAGAAUUCUGUGUUCCAUCAUUCUGGGCCAUCACCAGGGUCCAUCCAUCAUCAACUAUGACGAUGAGAGUGGGAAGACAUGCGUGCACAUUGCUGCAGCAGCAGGUUUCAGCGACAUUAUCAACGAGCUGGCAAGAGUCCCUGAAUGCAACCUGCAGGCUCUGGAUGUGGACGACAGGACACCUCUGCACUGGGCUGCAGCUGCAGGGAAGGCAGACUGCGUGCAGUCGCUGCUGGAGCUGGGCAUGGACAGCAACCUGCGAGACAUCAAUGAGAGCACGCCCCUGGCCUACGCCCUGUACUGCGGCCACACAGCCUGUGUCAAGCUCCUCUCCCAAGAGAGCAGAGCAGAGCUGACUCGACCCCUUCCUUCCCAGGACAGUAGACCCCAGAAGAAGGAGGGACGAUUCAGCAUGCUCAAUCAAAUCUUUGGCAAGAACAAAAAAGAAGAGCAGAGGGCCUAUCAAAAGGAUCACAGUGGGGACUGGCACAGGGGGGAGCAUGCCUCGGAAGUCGAUGACAUCAUCACCACCUUUGACAGCAACGUGGAUACCAACUGCCAGGAACAGCCUGGUGAUCAGGUGGCUAUGGUUGACUUCAAGAAGAGGACCUCGGAAAAUUCACAAUAUCACUUGCCCGAAAAGAAGCCUCUGGCCCGUAAAGGGCUUCCACCAAUCAGAACACAGAGUCUCCCACCCAUCACCCUGGGCCAUAACUUCCUGACAGCCUCCCAGGGGGCCACUUCCCAUGCUGGCCUGAGCCCUGGUACUCAUAACACAGCCCAGCGAUCUCAGAAAAGCCGAAGUGAGCAGGAUUUAUUGAAUAACAGAACUGGCUGCCAGGCAUUGCUAGAUAACCCUUGGAAAGGUGACUCUAACCCAGUGUUCUAUAAAGCUUGGACUGUGUCUUCUUCUGAUAAGCUGUUAGACAGGUUACUUACCAGCAGAUCCGGUCACCAGGAGGUGUCAGGGCCACCACAUCUUCCUCAUCUACAUAAUCCGUCAUCAGGUAAAGUCCUUGCUUCCCUCUUCCUCAUUCCUGGCAGGCUUUAUAAAAGAAAUGUGUCAUGCCCUUCUGGGUUAGGAACUGGAGUGACAGUAGGUAGCCUAGAGGGCAGGGCCAGAAGGAAACCAGCAAUUAGGUCACCUUUUCUCUUGCGUACACUGGAUUCAGGAUUUCCAGGCUAUGGAAACAUUCUGUUUUUCCACCCUGUCGACAAUCAUCAAGUAUGUGCCUUCUUGAAGUUCCUGUUGUGGCUGAGUGGUAACAAAUUCAACUAGCAUCCACGAGGAUACAGCUUCAAUCCCUGGCCUCACUCAGUGGGUUAAGGAUCUGGCAUUGC